AUGAAUUGGACCGUCUGGGCAUCGGUGCCCCUCCUUGUCUUCGCCUUCUGGAUGUAUACCAGCACUCUCAGUGCAUCCUUCCCCACCCUGCACAACAAACGCAUUUUGCUCCUCAUAGCGCAUCCAGAUGACGAGGCCAUGUUCUUUGCCCCGGCUCUGCUUGCAUUGACGCGUCCAGAACACGGAAAUCACGUCAAGAUCCUGUGUUUGAGCAGUGGCGAUGCCGACGGGCUGGGCCACGUGCGCAAGAAAGAGCUAGUGAAGAGCGGGCUGCAAUUGGGCAUUCGGAGCGAAGAUGACAUUCUGGUCGUCGAGGACAAGAACUUCCCCGACUCCAUGACCGUAACAUGGCACCCUCGUCUAAUAUCCAACCUGCUUACCACGGCCUUUGCCCCAGGCAUGUCUUCGAUUUCUUCCAAGGACGCACCGCAGGCCACCAUCGACGCCAUCAUCACAUUUGACGCACACGGCAUCUCUGGCCACCCCAAUCACAAAUCGCUCCAUGCCGGAGCUCACAGCUUCCUCAAGGCGCUCAUGCACCGUCACAGUGGCUGGGAGUGUCCUGUAAAACUGUACACGCUUACGACCAUUCCCAUCUUCCGCAAAUACCUCGGCUUAUUCGACGCCCCUGCUACCAUCAUUGGCGCAAUGCUGCAAAAGAAGCAGCUGGGGGGGUUCCCAACUCCACUCCUGUUUGCCAGCUCACCGAUCGGUUACAGGACGGCUCAGAAGGCCAUGACUACUGCGCAUGAGAGCCAGAUGCGCUGGUUCCGCUGGGGCUGGAUCACCCUAUCACGCUACAUGGUAUUAAACGAGCUGAAACUCGAAAAGACUCUCUAA